AUGCAGAUGAAGCUUCUCUGCUGCACCCUUCAGAACCUUCAACUUAAGAUGUACUUUUUGAUAAAAGCUCUAAGGUUUCAUGAAGUAAUGCUGCUGAUGAAGCACUCUGCUGCACCCUUUAAAACCUUCAACUUAAGAUGUUGGCUUAUAGAUAUACUUGAGGCCUACCUAGCGCUAAGGUUCUUAAUUGGAUUUCCUUCCUUAUGUGUUCUUCUGAUCAUUAAAUUUCGAACAAGGCAUUUGUCAAUGUUUGGCCCAAUAGAAAGAUUCCUGCAAAGUAACAAAAAUCUCACAACAAUUCGAUAUUCCUACUCAGACGUAAGAAAAAUGACAAGAGGUUUUCGUGAGAAACUAGGCGAAGGGGGUUAUGGUUCGGUUUACAAAGGGAAACUUCGAAGCGGCCAUGAUGUAGCCGUCAAACUACUCAACAAGACUAGAGCAAAUGGGCAAGAAUUCAUCAAUGAAGUUGCAACGAUUGGAAGGAUCCAUCAUGUCAAUGUGGUUAAACUUGUCGGAUAUUGUGCAGAAAGAUCCAAACGCGCCCUUGUCUACGACUUCAUGCCUAACGGCUCCCUCGAGAAGUACUUAUUUAGUAAAGAGACGAGUACAUCUCUUAGCUUGGCGAGGAAGUUUGAGAUUGCAGUUGGAGUUGCUCGUGGAAUUGAAUAUUUGCACAUAGGAUGUAACAUCCAAAUCCUACAUUUUGACAUAAAGCCUGACAACAUACUUCUAGAUGAUAAUUUCACACCCAAAAUCUCUGAUUUUGGACUCGCAAAGUCUUAUUCAAUAGAGAAUACCACGUUGACUCUCACUGCAGUUAGGGGAACAGUAGGGUAUGUGGCUCCUGAACUGAUGAAUAGAAGCAUUGGCAGUGUGUCUUGCAGGGCUGAUGUUUAUAGCUUUGGAAUGCUGUUGAUGGAAAUGUUGGGCCUAAACAGAGGUACGGGGCCUACUAAUGACAACAAAUCGAGCCAAUAUUUCCCAUAUUGGAUUUAUGAUCACUUGAAUGAAGGCAACGACAUCGAAAUUGGAAAUGCCGACAAAAAUGACUAUGAUGAUGACGAUGAGGACGACAAUGCAAGAAAAAUGAGGAGAAAGAUGACAAUAGUUGGGUUGUGGUGCAUACAAAUGAGGCCAAGUGAUCGUCCGUCAAUGAGUGAUGUUUUAAAAAUGCUCCAAGGGGAAAUCGGAAAUUUGCAAAUUCCUCCUCAGCCUUCCCAAUCACCUGAUAUUGAAUACUUCAACGAUCGAAAUUGGGAGACUGAGUCAACUGGUUCCAUUGCCUUGUUGUAUAAUGAUUCUUUAACUGGUCAUUGA